AUGCCUCACUCUGAGCCUUCGACGCCUGCCGCAACGGUCACUGCGCUCGACGAUAAACUAACCGACGCUGACGCGGACUCGCCUGCUCAGUUUCUCCUCGAUCAUGGCCUCAACCACGAAAAUCUGCCUUAUUGGCUAAUGAACGUGCCUCAAUCACAGUGGACCACUGAGUGCCCAAAGUUUCUACAGAACCAAUCGCCCAAGAACAUACAGUGUCUUUCAAUGUCUGAUACCCACUACAAGCGGCAAAACUGGGAUUCAGUACAAGACAUAAUCAGAACGAACCGGAUUGAUCGGUUUCAACGCGUGCCCAGUGACCUACGCAAGUAUUUGGAGUACACCGCCCACAUCAAAGCCCAGUAUGGAUCGGUGAUGCGAUUCGUGGUCAAGGAGAGAUUAAAAUGGGGCGACGGAGACACGGAGGAGAUGAAGCCCAAGGGAGGCAUGUUUGAAUUCGAUGACGACAUUCGGAUCCUACGUAACGACUGGCCUUAUGGCAUUGACACUGAUAUAAUCCACCUGGUAGUAUGGACCAAGUUCGAGCUUCCAGAUGACCCAGUAUCCGGGGAACUCACUCCAGAGGCACGCGAGGCGAUCGAUCAUUAUGUGCAGCGUACCUUUCAUUCUCGGGUGGCGGCUGAGCAGGUCGUCUGGUUCAAAAACUGGAAGUCUCUCAAAUCAGUCCACGCGGUCGAACAUUUCCACGUCAUGCUUCAUCAACCGAAUCCAGCAUUUGUGAGGGAGAUCACCCGUGGAGACGUGCCGCUAAUUGAACGGGUAUGA